UCGUGCUAACGCGGUUAAUAUAAUUAAUACAUACACUAUAGUCAUAUAAAUAAUAAAUGCAUCUUUUAAUAUCAUAGUACACAAAAUAAAUUAUUAAUCUUCCAAUUGAUAAAAUCUCUAAAAAAAAAAUGUCUCCACCACAAUCUCCAAAUUCAUCUAGAGAUCAAGUUCGUCCUUUGGCACCUUCAUCACAUCGUAUACACAUCGAAAAUCAAGAAGGUGUUAAUUACACAUCUACAUCCAGUACAGAGUUAUUAAAGAAGCAACUUCGUAGGAGGAGGUGUAUAAAAUGUUGUGGUUGUUGUGGUAUCACAACGAUAAUCAUAGGUAUCAUUAUCUUGAUCCUCGCGCUCACGGUUUUCAAGGUGAAAGAUCCAGCGAUAAGGAUGAACUCGAUCCGAUUCGAGGGGUUGAGUUCCCUUACUAGUAGUUCCAAUCUUCAAACCAAUAUGAAUAUUACGGUUUCCGCUGAUAUUUCUAUUAAAAAUCCUAACGCGGUAUCGUUUAAGUUUAACCCUGCGACUGCUAGUUUGGUUUAUAGCGAUAGAAUCAUCGCGGAAGCCAUGCUCCCACGAGGGUCCGCUAGGGCUCGACGGACGUUUAGUAUGAACGUGAUCAUCAUGGUUAUGGUUGAAAAAUUAAUCGUGAUUCCUCGAUUAACGAGCGAUUUGAUAGCGGGGGAAUUACCGGUAAGUAUGUCUACAAAUAUUAAUGGGAAGGUUAAUUUAGGUGUGUUUAAGAAGAGUGUUGAUAUAAGGAUGAAUUGUGAUAUGGUGGUAGGUUUACAAAGACAAGAUGUCAAGGAUAUUAAUUGUGAGAGGAAAGUUUCUCUUUAGUUACGUGAAUUCAGUGAUCUUGAUUUAAUUUUAAAGCGUGUAAUUUUUAAAUUCAAACAUGUGAUACUAUAGUUGGAGCUGUAAAAUUUU